UCUAGCGAGUUUUUUCGGUUCGCAUUUGGCAACAGUAGGUUCGAGUGGCGUUGCAAUGCGCAUCAGUUGCAAUACUGAAUAAAGACUGUGUGGAAGCCAGACCAAUCUCUUUCAUAUUUAAGGAUCUUGAUGAGAAGACAUCAGACGUUUGACUGGAGUUGGCGUGUCACCUCACUUUGCCUGGAUUGUCUGAACCAUGGUUCUACCUGGAUUGCCACCUUCAAGACUGCCGAAACACUUUAAUGAGGAGAAUUUGCACUUCAGUAAGCUGUACAAAUGUAUAAACGAUUUAGGCCAGAAAGUGAUGAUUGAGGUCAUGAGAGUCAUUUGUGAUAAGGAGGACUUUGAGAAAAGAUGUAUUACGGUGAGGGAUUACUGCUGCAUGAAACUGAAAUGGUCAAAUAAUAAUAUAAAGCACCGCAUUAGCAAGAUUGAUUUGCCGCAGAUGGAUAAAGACAUGCGGAAAUAUGAUUUUGAUUUCAAUUUCACUCACAAGAUAAUAAAUACAAUACUGAUUCAUGUUUAUACUCAGUUGGAUGAAAAGUACCAGAAACAGAUGGAGCAAUUAAAGUUGCUGAGGAAUGAAGUGUGUCAUGGUAUGUAUGAUAUCUCAUGGAAUUUGGAAGAGCGUGUAAAUGAGCUGAGGAAAAUAUAUAAGGAUAUUUAUGAAGGGUUUGGAAAAGUUUUAAGCCAAGAUUUUUCCAAAAGUAUUUCUGGCAUAAACGAUAGCCUAACAGCAAUUCUGAAUACACAAGUAAGGCAAGAUGAUUUAAUAACAUACACAGAAAUAAAUGAAGAAUAUAGAAAUAUAAAAAUUUCACAGAUGCUUGAUACUGGCCAAAAAGAGCAGAAGUCAUAUUAUGAAAACUUGCAGUUGCUUAAUCCUUGUGUUUGGAUGGAUGAAGCAGAUUACAAAAAAAUUAAAGAUGGGAAAAUGCAAAAGUUCUCAAUUCAAAAUCUUUUCACACCUCUACAGUUGACACUUGAAGGAAAUGAAGAAAUAUUAGAUAUAAAAGACCUUUUAACAAUAUCAGCAAGAAGUAGUGGAUCAGAGAAUGUACCCACUGCACUUAUACUCAUUGGUUUGCCAGGUUCUGGGAAGACCUCGCUCUUGCAUUAUUUGAUUCAUGUUUGGUGCAAGCAAGGAGAUGAAAUUGAUAAAAUCUGUGAUUUUGAUUUAGUGUUUUUUAUUGAAACAAGAACUGUCACAAAGGAAAAUCUAGUUGAGUUUUUGAAAACACACAAAAUGUUUGAGAAAACAUGCAAACAUUUUGACACGGAUAAUUUCAUAACAAUAUUAAAAUGUUUAAAUCCUUUAUUUAUUAUUGAUGGAUUUGAUGAGUGUGAUAAUGAAGCUAGGCAAGUAGUAGAAGAUAUUUUUUGCAGGUUUGGUGACCAGCAUAUCAUCAUGACAACAAGACCAGAUUAUCAAGAGGAUGUUACAUUCUUGGCUAAUAGAUAUUUUGUUAACUGCCAUUUUAUUAAAGUAAAAGGAUUUGAUCUUAAACAACAGAAACUUUAUACUGAAAAGGUCUUUAGAGCAUUAGAGACUGAUGAAAAUUAUUGUAAGAAGCUCUUUGGUUCAUUUUCAUCAAAACUCCUAAAAUUUGAGCAGAGACAAAUCUUCCAGAAACACCUGAAGUGGCCUCUUAACCUUGCCAUGCUAUGCUAUCUCUGGAAAGCAGAUAAGAAAGUAUUUAGUAGGAUCACAUCUGCCACAACACUGUAUAUGGAAUUCUUCAAACACUGGCAAAGUGAAUUGGCCAGACGUCUGGAGCUUGCAAGUGACAGCGGUGGUAAUGAAUUUCAAGAAAAAAUUGAGAUUCUGAUACUGUUUCUUGGGAAUAGGGCAUGGAAUAUGUUUCUAGAAGAGGAAAGCACACUUGACAAAGAAUCCUAUGCUAUGAUUGAAUGUAAAUGCAAAGAGGAGAAUAUUAAUAUUCAAGAGUUUUUUUCUGCUUUCUUCAUGUGCCAAGUGGAUGAAGAUUGGAAUACUGAAAAAAAUGUGUAUAAAUUCCUGCACAAUAAUCAAGUGGAAUACCUUGCUGCAAGAUUCAUAGCCAUGGAAAUCAGGCAAAAAGAAACAAAACUAGAAGACAUUCAGGAGGAAAUUGAACGCAUACAUGAUUACCAGAACUUCUUAGGAUAUCUAGUAGGACACCUUGUGCUCUGCAGCCAGCAUGAAUCAGACCUACUUCACUCCAAUAUACAGUGUCUUCUAGACCUGUUUGAUUCUGCAGUAGUACAAAAGGAUAACUAUAACUACUGGUGGAAUAUAUUUAUUGAAUCACAACACAAUGAGGUGUUGGGUAUGAAGAUUGCUAGCGAGAAACUUCCACAAGAUAAGUGGGUUCUGAAUGCUGAGCAAGUAGUUUCAGGUCUUAGACUUUUAAGCUAUAUACCAGUGGUUCUAAAAUGUCUUAUAAUUGAAAUAUCUUCAGAUAUUGAUCCACAUAGUAUUAAAUACUUUCAAAAUCUGAUGAAGGAGCUUAGAAAAAAACUAGAAAAUCGUCAUGAUAAGGCACAUCCAAUUUCAGUUGAACUCCAUUUCUGGCAUCACUUUGAAGAGCAGCAUGACAAGCCAUCAGAUGAGUUUAUAGAGACUUUAUUCCCUUGGGGCCAUCUGACCAGUUUUACAGGUAGCAUUGGAAACCCUAAGAAUGGGAAAGAUGUCCUGAGCUACUGCAUGAAGUUGCAAUCUAUUAAAGUUCAGGUGAUGACGAUUGCAGCUUUAACUUCACUGAGCCGCAGUUUGAAUGGCUUCUAUAAAUCAGUCAAGGACAUAUGCAUUGUCCUUGCUCUCCCAGAUGAUAUCCCUCUCAAAGAAUAUCCUCAGCUAAAGAAAUUCAACAACUUGGAGCUUCGUGUGAAAGGCACUCAAGAACAGUGGGCGGAUGUCAUCAAACAUAUUUAUGGAGAAAAUGAAUGCCAAACACUGACUGCUGAAAAGUAAGCAGAACAUUAUGAAGUUUGUGAAAAAUGUAGAGGGUUCUUUAUAAGAAAUUAUUGUGCAGAUCAGUACUUGGGGCACAUACCAAAACUUAUGUCCCAUAUUUGGUUUCAAUAAAAAGUUUGCCAUUGGA